CAUGCACCGGCGGCCUGGGGCGCGGGGGCUCUAGGCCCCCGGACGGACGGGUGCCACUCGCCGGGUCGCCGUUGCCGCCGCCGGGCCGCCCUCCACGGCUGCGCGUCCCGCCCGCUCCCGCCGCCCCCAGGGCCGCCGCCGGCCCAUGAGCCCCGACCUCAAAGUUUGCGGCGGGCGGGCUGGCGCGGAGCCUCCAAGAUGCCGUUCCACCCGGUGACGGCGGCGUUGAUGUACCGGGGCAUCUACACCGUGCCCAACCUGCUGUCGGAGCAGCGCCCCGUGGACAUCCCCGAGGACGAGCUGGAGGAGAUCCGAGAGGCCUUCAAAGUCUUUGACCGCGACGGCAAUGGCUUCAUCUCCAAGCAGGAGCUGGGCACGGCCAUGCGCUCGCUGGGCUACAUGCCCAAUGAGGUCGAGCUGGAAGUCAUCAUCCAGCGGCUGGACAUGGACGGUGACGGCCAAGUGGACUUUGAGGAGUUUGUGACCCUCCUGGGACCCAAGCUCUCCACCAUGGGGAUCCCGGAGAGGUUCCAUGGCACUGACUUCGACACCGUCUUCUGGAAGUGCGACAUGCAGAAGCUGACUGUGGACGAGCUGAAGCGGCUGCUCUACGACACCUUCUGUGAGCACCUGUCCAUGAAGGACAUCGAGAACAUCAUCAUGACGGAGGAGGAGAGCCACCUGGGCACGGCCGAGUGCCCCGUGGACGUGGAGACCUGCUCCAACCAGCAGAUCCGUCAGACGUGCGUGCGCAAGAGUCUGAUCUGCGCCUUCGCCAUCGCCUUCAUCAUCAGCGUCAUGCUCAUCGCGGCCAACCAGGUGCUGCGCAGCGGCAUGAAGUAGGCGCCGCCUGGAUGCCUCCGCUGGCCCCUCCACACCCACCGCCGCCUGCAGUCCUUUCCCGCAGCCGCUGCCCGGCCUCCACCGCCUCCUGUACUUCAGGGCCUGGAUGUCCGGCAACCCCGCCGGCCCUUGCAUGGGGCUGUGGCCCAGCUGUGGAGGGCCUGGGGGCGGCUCUGAGGACGGCCUCCGGCCCCGCCAGCACCCUGCCCCUGCCUCGCCCACCCUGGCCUGUAUGUAGCACUAACGCCUCCCCUGUCCAGGGGCUCCUGGGAAGUGAAGGAGGAACUGGUACAGGGCCCAGGAGCUGCUGCGGCCCUCAGGCAGGAAGAGGCCCCUGUACUCAGGGCCAACAGCUAGCCUGACCCCGGUCCCUGAGGUUUGGGUCAGGCAGCAGGUGGACAGCCUCUUCCUGGGCAGGGGGCAUUGGCUAAGGGCCCUGGCCUUCUGCUGGGCCCCAUUCUCUGACCCUCCUUAUACUCAAACCCAGUCUGUCACACACCCACGGGGCCAGAGAACCAGCUCGUUUCACAGGUGAGAGCUCAGAGGGUCCCCAGAUUUGGCCUCAGUUCCCACAUCAACAGGGUUUCCAGGGAGGGCAGAAGCUCCUGGAGGAGCGGGCAACUGAGGUGGCCCUGCAGCCCCCCACUCUGGGUUCCCGACGAGAGGCCCCGUGCCUGCGGCCGCAUGGCCCUCCCGCCCCACAGAACGCAGAGCUGGAGUCCAGUGAGGAGGAAGCAGAGGGCCUAGAGCUCCCACUGGCCCGAGCAGCCGCGUUUCCCACCGGCCGGCCUCCUCCAGGCAGCCGCCUUGCGGGGCUCAGGCCUGUGCCGGGAAGCUCACCCAGGCCGCUCUUUCAAGCCCAGGGCCUGUGUUCCUGGGCCCCCCAUCCUCUACACUGACCAGGCUGGAGACGCAGCUCGUCCCUGCCCCAGCUGAGCCAUGUCACGCUCAGGCACCAGCCCAGCACGGACAGAUGUGGGGGCCGGGAAUGGCAGACUGAGCCCUUGAGCUCUCUCCCCAGAUCUGGAGCUGCUUCUCAAACGGGUGAUGGGCACAGCCACA